AUGAACAGAACUCUAAGAGAAAACACAUCCAUAAAUUCACAAUCUAGUAAUAGCAACACGAGCACAAUGUCUGGCAAUUCUCCAUUCAUGAAUUCAAAAACUACCAAUCUUUCCAAUGGAAGUAACACGUCUUCAAUCACAUCUCCAGAAUCAAAUGAUAUAUCAUUCUCAUCCAUAAAUUCAACAACUUCCUCCGGCUCCAAAUUGAAAACCCCAUUGAAAAAGGAAGAACUUGAAAAAAUUGCGCGUCAAUUAAAGAAGAAACUUUCAAAAGCUAGUAUAACUGCCAAACAAGCAUUAUCUCCCACAAAUGUAAGAAGACCUUCCAUACCCAAAUCAUCACCUUUGAAAGGAUAUCUAAUGAAAAAUAACAUCAAUAAAACCGGAGAUUAUUCACCUAAUCAACAUAUGUCAUCGUCUCCGUCUACGAAUUUAUAUUCACCAAAUGGGAAAUCUCCAACUCAUAUAAGAACACCGGCUGCGAUGUAUUUGGCUUCAUCUCCAUUAAAGAAUACCAUGACCAAUGACUCGGAUGAUAGUCAUCUUGAUUCCCCAACUAAAAAGAGAAGAUCUUCACCUGGUAAACGAAUGAUAUUGGAAGAAAUUAGUCCAUCAAGAACACAUCAACAACAUUCAUUAAAACCAUCUAUAGACUUAACCGAUAACAACAACAACAACAACACAAUCAACAACACAAAAAUCCCAAUUGAUAGACAGACCACUCCAACUUCACCGCCCAAAAAAGAUCCAAAUUUCUCUUCCAAUCAAAUAAUGAAAACCCCGACCCAACCAAGAUCAUCCCACAAUCACAAUCACCAACACCAACAACCACAACCAUUCAACACCGACACUGAAGGAGCCGAUUUACUCAUGUAUUUAGCCACCUCUCCCUCCCCCGCCAAACCCUACUAUUCCAACCACACUCCCCGCGCCAUCAAACAACAACCACCCCCAACUCAACCCACAUUCCUCGCCCCUCAUCCUCCACCACCAGUCACACCAAAACAGCGUGCAGGUGGCAUAAACGGAACCCUUGCCAAUACAAGAACUCCCCAAAAUCGUCUAACCCCCUUCCUCAACAAUUUAAACGCCGGUGGAACAGGAUUACCUAGUCUGGGCUUAACGUUAACCCCAACGGGUUUCAAUAUGAAUGAUUAUGUGAAUUUCUUUACACCUUCCCCCGGGGGGACUGCUAGUAUAAAUGCGAGGAAUUUGUUAAAGACGCCGGAUUUUAAUAGUUUGAUGAAUGGGAAUAAUACUCCAAGAGGAGGGAGUAGUAAAGUGGAUGGCAAGAUGUUAAAUUUUAAUAAAGUAUUGUUUAAUCAUCAUGGUGAUGGGGGUCAAAAAGAAUAA